UAUACCGGAAGUGCUUCUAUUUACGCAAGGAGGUCAAGAUGGCUGCCCGCUGCCUGUAAAAGGGUCGUUCCAGAAGCCAGUUCUAUGUUCCUUCGACAUGUAUAAAUCACCAUGCUGCAGACUGACAGGUUUUCUUGGUUUGAGAGUGAAACAGAAAUUGGUUCAAAUCGCUCCUCGAUGUAACCAAACUGCCCGAAGCCUUAUUUACCUGCACAGAAGAGAUCCUUCAAACUGGCUGACAUAUCAACAUCUUAACUUUCUGAAACGACAGUACGUUACCAAAAACAGCAGCGAGCUUCACCAGCGUGCAAUCCCCAAACAUGACCUGAACAUCGUCGAAGAAAGACAUGCCGCCGUCGAAAGGCAUGUGGAGAGAAUACCGGCUAUUGAUUCAGAGCUUGCAGACGUUGUGCCACUGUCAGAGGAUGUAAACCACGAAACACAACCUAAAAACGCCUCCAUCAAGCCUGCUGCACAGAGUGGGGCACCCCUGGAAGGUUCUGCGUCUCAUCUUGUCACAAGCAAAGAUGAGCCGCCACACGUUCACGUCGAGACGGAAGAGGCGAGGCAAGCCAGAAUGGACCGACAGUGGAAGCCGCUGAGAGUUGAUGUUGCCGAUUUACCGGAUGUCUACGCUAGACUGGCUAAAAUCAAGCUCACAGGAAAUAGAAUUAACACCUUCACCUGGGAUUCGGGGUCUGAGAGCCUGAGACGCAGCUGUGCGUCAGCCAAGCCCGGUCCAGACCCUGUGGACUCGUUCGAGGGCGAACCAAAGAUGGAAAGGAGUUAG